GCAUCAGAGUGAUGGUUGAGUGGAAGUUUUUAAAGCCAUGAGGCCCCCAGAGCAACAAAUACUAGCUCAUCAUCCAACCUCAAACCUUCCCCUUUCCUGUUCAAUAGAGAGCUCGACGUGAGAAUGAGCUUCCUGAGUGUCUUUGUGCUGUGACGGACCGUCAGGUUCCCUUCUCAUUUCACCACAGGAUGAACAUCUUCAUCAUCUUCACUAUUCCUCUCAGCUGCCUCCUCCACCGGAGCCACAGUUUCGAGGUGAUUCAGCCUCAGAAUCGGACCGUAAACCCUGACGGGUCCGUCUCCAUCAGCUGUGAACACACGGCCAACGUCGGCUCAGUCGAAGAUGUUCGACUCAACGCCAUAUCAGAAACAGACAGACAUAAACCUACAGUGCUCUGCCAGAAGGGGAGGAAGGACUGUAAGAACAUCACCAUGCUCCAAGAGAAUCCCCAGAAAUGGCUGUUCAUCAUGCUCAACAUCGGGCCAGAGGCCAUGACUGUGAAAUAUCAGUGUGAGUUCACAGUGAAUGAAGACGACAUCCACAAAACCAGGAUGGGAACGCCGAGCGAACUGCUGCCGAGUACGUUCAACGCUCUGCACGAAGCGGCCUGCUUGGCUCAGCCUUCACCUUCUUCUCGUCCUCCGUCUCCGUCUCUGUCUCUUGAGAUCUUCUGGAUUGCGAUUGGUCUGCUGGCUCUGAUGUUCCUGUACAGCUGUGUCAUCCCCUCCUUCUACAUCAGACUGAGGUGCAGCAACGGAGAAGCUGGGAACACCACCUACGUAGAAAUGAGGAAAGCUCCUCGGCCAAGGAAUCCACCUCUGUGACUCCUCUUGGUCCACCAGCGGCCUCGUGCUCAAUGUGUCAAUGUGGCGUCAGGAGGACAUUGGGUUGUUUGCUGCAAAUUAUUAUUAUUGAUUUUAGCAUGUUGACCCACAUUUUAUUAGCAGUCAAUAAUCACAUGCACCUGGCGGGACGUAAUCGGUUACAGGGAGCGCUGGUACUGAAGCAACUGGCCAACAGGAUAACAGGACCUCCCCUCCCCAAUCAUCACAGCUACUAUUAAGGAACAUGAAGCACGGCACGAGCAGAGAAAAACGAGAGGAAGGAAACAAGCAGAGGACAGAAAAUGCAGAGGUCGAGCAGAGCAGGGUGCGAUCAGGCUAAAGAGGAACAGGACGGAACUGGACACCACACAGAGGAACUGAAAGGAGCCUCGAGUUCGAGUCUCGCCCAAAGUUGGCGAGACUGGAAUCUUGUUGACAUCUCUAGUUUUCUUGUUAUAUUUUACUUUUGAGCCCAAUUUUAGGUUGUGCUAAACUUCCAGAUUUCAAAGGCAAAGGAUUUAAGAAAUACAUUUCUUCAUAUAAAUGACUGAUUAAGUCAUCUUUAAACAUAUAAACUGUACUUUAUACUUCAAGUAAUAACAAUGUCUGGAAAUCUGAAUUGAGACUUAAAUCCAUUUGUAUAACGUUAAAGAGUACUUGUGUAGUUGUUGGACUUGUCAGGAGGUUGCAUCACAUGUUGACAGGUGAAAUUCUGUCUCCUCACAGAGUUUGCAUCAUGUUUAAUUUAGAUCAUGUGUUCACAUUGGAAGAAGGACGAUAACACCUGACUGGAAUGAUCCCUCUGACAAUAAACAGUUCGCAAUCAUCUGACA